GUUCCCAGCAGGUUGGUUCUGUCGGCCAACUGAUGCAAGCAGAUGAAUUGCAGAGGGACUGGAAGGAAAAAAAAAUUGUUGCAGCGGGCGGAGGCAGCGCGCGAUGAUGGGGCGGGGGUGUCUUCGGAGCAAUGAUGUGUGAAGUGAUGCCCACGAUUAACGAGGACACCCCAAUGAGCCAACGGGGUUCCCAAAGCAGUGGCUCCGACUCGGACUCCCAUUUUGAGCAACUCAUGGUCAAUAUGCUGGAUGAAAGGGACCGCCUACUGGACACACUCCGAGAGACCCAGGAGAGCCUCUCACUUGCCCAGCAAAGGCUCCAGGAUGUCAUCUAUGACAGAGAUUCACUCCAGAGACAGCUGAAUUCAGCCCUACCUCAGGACAUCGAAUCCCUAACAGGAGGGCUGACUGGUUCUAAGGGGGCUGAUCCACCGGUUUUACAGAUUUUGGAGAAACAUCCACAUUGCUGCUCUUCUUCAGAGGACAUAAAUGGAGUGAGUCACAUUUGCCCUUUUUAAACCCAAAUAUCACAGUCUUACAUUCAUCACAUCUGGGUGGAAAAUGAUGUGGUUAACACUUCUCUAUUCAAAAUAGGCGUUCUGCUUUUCAAAAGCCAGUAUCCUUAGCUAACACAUGAGAGUUCUAAUUAAAAAAACCAUUCAAGUGCUUGAAGUUCUUUUCGCUGAAGUCUGUUUGUUUUCAGUUUAAGACGGUUCUCGAACUAAUGAACGUGACUCCAUUAUAUGACCUACCCCUGUGUCUAUGGUUCUUCCCAACAACACAGCAAAUUUGAACUCAUUAUUUGCUGAUCCAUAGACAUUAUUUUUAUGCUUAACUCCAGUUAAGUAUAAAAGAUAUAGUUAGAGUAAGGAUUUUCAUUACCACAAGGUUUGUAGUCUCAAUUUAGAUGUAUAGAAGCUAAAGAGACUUGUCCACAAGUCAUUACUGAUUUUCUUUAAUAAUACUGAUACUCAUUUGAGAGAGACAGAUACACAAAUAAUUCUAAUAUAAAAUUUACCAAAUUAUCAACAGAAUGACCUAGGCAUAUCAUCCCAUUAUGGGUGGAUGUUUUACCAUGAAAAAUAGCAAUUAUUUUGUGAAUAUUUGCACACUGAUGACAACCGCAGCAAUGCAGUCUCACCCAACUGAUGAACUGUUGCCAUGGUAAACUGAGCUAUUAAGAAUGAGAGGGUUUAAGCUGGGUGUGGUGGCACACGCCUUUAAUCCCAGCACUUGGGAGGCAGAAGCAGGCGAAUUUCUGAGUUCGAGGCCAGCCUGGUCUACAAAGUGAGUUCCAGGACAGCCAGAGCUACACAGAGAAACCCUGUCUCGAAAAAACCAAAAACCAUAAAUAAAUAAAUAAAUAAACAAAUAAAUAAAAUAAAGAGAAUGAGAGGGUUUCCUUUGCCAUACAUUGAAAACCAGGCACCAACCUAUUCAUCCAAUGUUUUUUUUCAAAAAUUUAAAGUUGUAAGUAAAAAAAAAUAAAUAAAAAAAAAUAAAAAUCAAAGGGCUGGUGGAACAGUUUAGUUGGUAAAGACCAUGUCUUGCAAGUGUGAGAGCCUGAGUCUGAUCUCUGAAUCUAUGUAAAAAAUGACAAGAGUGAGGUUUAAGGAAUGGGCCAAUGGAUAGAACAUCUGCCAUGCAAUAUUGACUACUUGAAUUCAUAUCCUCGGGAGCCACAGAAGAACUGCAUUCAGAACUUCAAGUGUCUACAGUUUCAUGGUUCUCCUGCAGUGGACUGAGACAGGAGGAUUACCAAAAGCUCACACUCCAGCUAUUAUUCAGCAGUGAAUAACAAGACCCUGUAACAAACCAAGGAGAAAGUGAGAACUGGUACCCAAGGACUUAGACUUUCACAUACAUGCACUAGUACUCAACACACACACACAAAUACAUCAUACAUACAUAUACACUCAGUACAAACAUACACACACACACACAUACACACACAAAUACAUCAUACAUACAUACACACUCAGUACAAACAUACACACACACACACAUACACAUACACACACAAAUACAUCAUACAUACAUAUACACUCAGUACAAACAUACACACACACACACACACAGAGACACAGAGGCACACACCACAGUGCCAAGACUGAUAGUGUGUUUUAAUCUCAAUGUUAGGUUGAUAGAGACAGAAAGAUCUCUUGGAUUUAUUCACCAGCCAAUCUAGCCUAAAUGGUGAAGUCAAAAGCAAUGAGAGACCCCAUCUUAAUGCAGGAAAGAGCUGUUCCUGACAUGACACCCUUGCUGUCUUUUGAUUGUCGGUCACAGACAUAUGUACACAUGCACACUGUGGAGGUGGAACGAGAUUCCAGUAUUGAGUGUUCCUGUCUCUUUGUUCAUACUUUUCAUGCCCUUGCAUGUUUUGCCCUACUUUAGUCUGAACAGAGAACUCUAAUGCUGCCUCGUUACAUUUAAAAUUCUCAUGCUUCUCUAAGUACUGCUGCUUAUUGUGUGGGUAAAAUUUUAGAAAGGCCAAUUAUUCGUUUAUGAUGAGGCCUCCUGCUCUUUCCCCUGUCCACUUUGGCAUGUCUAUUGUGGUUGAACAUGUUCAGUUCAAAUAAAAAGAAAUCAAUUCCUUAACCCACUGUUACUUCUGAUUACCAUAUUUAUUGUUUCUAUUUUCACUGAAACUACACCGUAAUAUCUAUAAUCGGGGGACAGCUAAUGCUUUUCCUUAGAAAGUAAAUAUAUAUUUUAGGCCCCCUUUCUAGGCAAGCCUGUAAUUCAGCCAUGCUAAUGGCUUGUUUAAAGUGGCAUUUCAAAAAACUCCCAGAGUUGAUGUUCUGGCUUGUGUCUACUAAGCAGUUCAGUUAUUCAGUAAAUAUUGUAUUCAUUUGUUUUUCUCUGUGAGGAAUUUCCCGAAGGACUGAUGUCACAACCAUGAGCAGACAAGACUUUCCUAUUUACAGGGACUCAACAGGAGCAAAGACUGAGUUCAUUCCACCAAUUCCAGAAAUUAGUUUGGCAUUGACCUUGAGUAAGCAGAUGUCAGUGACUCAUUUAGAGACCGCACAUUUAUGACAUUGAUGCACAUGCACCUAGAGGACACCACUCUAGCUGUAUUAAAUACAUCCUGAAAACAGGAUGUAGCCUUCCAUUGUAAGACAUAUUCAUCCGAUAACUUCAGCACACCAUUUGACUGUCUUAUGUUUAUAAACUGCUAUUUCAUGCUUUAAUCUAAAUAAUUAAAUAUAUGAGGUCAAGAUAUAUCUGUCUGGAUCACUUAAAAUGCCUAAGAUACCCAUUAUCUUAAUGAGCAUUCAUUAACAAGGGUUUGUAUUUCUCAUGACCCUUACUUCUUUUUGUCCAACAUUUAAAAUCUGUUCCAUACAUUGUUAGAAUCUCUAUGUUUUUCCCACUGAAUGCCCACUGAAACUCUCUCUACUUUAAAUUAGCCGCAGUAGUUCUCUUGAGAGACCCUACAUAAUUGUUUUUCUGUUUAUACUUCUACUGCCUGCUGCUUGCAAAGCUAAUCUCCCAUUUGAUUAAAACAGACAGAUACUGGGUACAAAUCAUAGGUUCAUUAUUCCAUCUGUUCGUUGUUGAAACUACUUUUACAAUAAGAGUGUUAUGAAUGAGAAUAGUCAUUAUUUUGUUUUCUUUUUUUCAAAGAAAAGGAUCCUUUAAGUUCUUUUAAAUCCUCUUUACUUCAUAGUCCACUUUUUUGGCAUGGGUAAACUUCACAGUGUGCUUACUCUUUCAUUCAAAAUGGUCCAGUUUAGACUGUACUUUAACUUUCCCCCACUUUAUUUAAGUUUAAAAAUCAUAAAUGUUCGCUGACUUGAAUGAUACCACCCUAAGGACUUACUUUUUUGGUAUCCAAAUAUCAUACACGAAUAUAAUUUUAUUUAUUAAAUACCAGAAUAUUUAUACCGAUAUAAGUACUUCAAAUAGAGGGAAUCGACAAACAGUGCUACCCAGUUAUAAUACCUUUUCCACCACAGCAAUGAACAGCAUGGCACUGUAACUCUAAGGUUAGCAUAGAAACAUACAUAUUGUGGUGGUAAGCAAUAGUUCUCUAACUGAUCUUAAAACCUACACAAGAAGGAAGCAUGCCUGGUACUAGGAACCUAGCUAGUUCCUCAGGGCUCAUAUGUCGUAGGGGGCAAGCUACAGCCACCACUUUCCUAGGCCAACAUAAUCUGCAAUUACAUUCAAACAUUUGUUCUUGUGCCCAUAGAUAAAUGUAGUCCUUAUCCAUCUUCAAGAAAAUUCCCCUUUUGCAACAGAUUGACAACAUUACAGAAAGUCAGAGCCAAUCAAAAUGUGGAGUUGUGGAGCCCAGUCCCAAUUAAUACAUCUAUAAAGCACUCCCACACUUAAGGCUCAGGGGACAUUACAGAAGAGAGGGUAAAAGAUUAUAAGAGGCAGGGGAUCAGGGAGUUUACUGUGAGACUUUGUGUCCUGGCAUUGUUCCAAGCCACACCUAAAUUGUUUCACUAAAACAAAUGUCUAAGCAUGAGCUGAACUAGGCACUAAUCUACAUGCCAAAGUGGACGGGGGCAAAGACCACUGGGCCUCAAACCUCUACAAAGAACUACAGGUAACUAAAGAAUGCUCAGCAUGGGAGAUAAGUCUUCUCCAGGCAAGACCCUACCACUUGGUUAGCCAGUAUCAAAUAGUUGACUCUGAACAGAGACUUUCCUGUAGCAUUAUUCAGCCUGAGCAGGCUACAUUUAGAAAUACAUGAGGCUAUCCAUGUAUACAUAUGCAUGUAAUAAUCUUUAAAAAUAAGAGGCUGCAAAGUUGAAAAGAAAGCAAGGAGAGAUAUAUGGGAGGAUUUGAAAGGAGAAAAUGGAUGUGAAAACUGUGUGAUCAUAAUAAAAGAAAAAUGAGACAAUAUAUUCAGAGAUCCAAGUUUUUCUACUAUGUGGUGAUGGCCAUAGAAUUAGGGUUUUGUGCUGAAAAUCCAUAGUUUGUAAAGAGUUUACACUUCAGUGUGUUAAAGUGUUGUUUGCAGCUCAUCUCACAGUAUGUUCAUUUUCCUUUUUGUGUAAUAUAGACUUUCCCCAAUUACUUAAAAUUCCAGGUUUUUUUUCCCCCCGAUUUUUCUUUAAGCCAAGCCUCAUCUUGCAAAAGCCGAACUGUGGGCUUUAUGUACGCUCUGGGAGUGUCAGGAUGCCUGAGUGUCAGGGAGAACUUGAGUUUGGCAGCUUACUGUUUGUAUUACCUCUGCUUAAAAUAACACACUUCACUUUCAUAUGCUUUCUAUCUCUCUUGGGAUCCUGUCACCACUGUCCUCUAGGAACUGCAAACUGACUUUCUGGCUCUUCCAGAGUCAGUAAGGUAUAUUACUGAGACAUCGAUGGAAUUGAAAGUGCAUUAUUUCCUUAUUUGAUUAUUGUUCUGUUAGCUCAUUCAAAUUAGAAUAAGAGAGUCACCAUAUGUAAACUUGUCAUGAAAGUUGAACUGACUGAUCUGAUCGACUGACAAAACUAACGUUCUUCGUCUGCAUGAUUCAACAGUCAAGUCAGAGUGGGAAGAACUGUGUCCAGGCAGGGUCCUGGACAUGUCAACUUUGGGAUUUCAGGAGCCAGUGUGUGGCAGGUUCUUGGCUUAAACAUUUGGAGCUGCUAUGAUGCCAAUCAAUUUAUCCUUUUAGCAUCCUUUCCUGUCAGCUCUUUGUUUCUCUGGACUCUCUUUAUAACAUGGUGCUAUAGGGUCUGUCAUUGGAUCAUUCUUAUUCAUUACACCAAAAGGCGAAGGCAUCUAAAAUGACCGUCUCCUGUGAGGACUCUACUCAAAUACACUUUGUAACUACAUUUAAUUGGUAUCUUAAAAUUGCUAAUUGCAAAAGGGGACCUCCGAGAUUUCAUCUGAAGCUGACACACUCAUGAACGACUUUUGCUUUUAGGGCAGCUUUGUCCUGUCCUGUGGUUAGGAAACCUCUUGGACUUAUUAUUGGUUCUCAUUUUCCUCGAAUUCAAAUCUCUCUUUCAAGUGUUCUCGCAGUCCAUCUAUGCCUCAUCACUUUCAGGGUUAUGAGCAUAGCUAAGCCACUAUUUGCUUUAUUUGGUUUUGUCUUUAUUUGGCUUGUUAACUUUCUUUUAUUAGUACAUCCCUCCUCAUCAUGUACCCUCGAUAUGAGAGGUAGCGUAAGUCUUUGAAAGGACUCUUAUUGCCUUUCUUUGUGUGUUACAUUUAAUAUUUUAGCUAUACUAUGGGGAGGGUGCUUCUUUACUGACCCUGAUCCUUCAGUGCUCAGUAUGCUUCGUGUACCAUCAAGGGCAUGUCUUUCUUUAACUUGCAGGAAGUUCUAUUCUGUGAACCUGUUAACGGUCAGGUCUAUGACAAUGACCUAAGAUUUUUCUCUUUCUAUGCCUUAUAAUUAAUGUUUAUCCAUGUUCAUAUGUGUGCUUUAAAAUUUCUUCAUAGUUUGUGCUUGAGAGAGAUUGUUCUUCCACGUUGUCUUCAAGCUCUGAUGGUCUAUCUUAUAUUUGAUCUAUUCUCCCGCUAAAACUUUCUCUGAUAUUUUUUAUUAUUGUGUUUUAUGUUUUUGUUUUCCCUUCAUGUGUCUUCAUUUCAGCCUGAGUAUGCUUCAGGAUUUCUGUUUAUUUACUGAAGUCAAGUUUCAGAUUAUGUAUCGCCUUUAUUGGUUUAUUCAUCAAUGGUUUGUGCUUUCUCAGACAUGAUCCAGGAGUUUUUGUUCAUCCUCUCCAAGUUCACUGAUGUUUCUUUUCAUGUCUUCUUACCACCCUUGAAUUAUUGCUCUUUUAACUUCUGUAUCAUGGGGUUCAUUUACGUAAUACUUAUCAAAGAACAUUUCUAGAGGGCUAGUAAGUUUGGAUAAAACAUAAUGCCUUCACUCUUAAUAUUGUUUGUGGUUUUGUGAUGUUACACUGGUAUGUAGAUUUUAAUGGGUUGUGAGUCUGAUAUGAGAUUGUAACAUCCCUCAGCAUGGGCCAGUAGAGGAGCUGAACAGCAAGAAUGUGACCUGGUGUGUAGAGAAAGCUUGGUAGGUUUUGUACUGGGUGUAUUCUUCAGGUAAACCACUGCACAAGCUGUGUGUCUGGAGCUAGGACCGUGAGUACUGAGACUGUGUGGACAGAUUUGGUUUUAGGACAACUCAGCAGCAAGAACCAAGCUGGAGAUGUGUGAGAAGAGGUUGACUUAGGAAUCAACAGAUGGAGUUGGUGGGCAAGGUUCUGGGGAGUUUACCAGCAAAGCAGCAUGCCUGGAGCUAGGCCUGGGGUGUGAAUGUGGUUGAGCUUGGCUCUUGCCCUAUAGAGGCCCAAGCCAAAGUAAUAUAAAUUGCCAUGAAGAGGAAGUUGGGUGCUAGCCAAACUAUUACAGUAAAUUAUCAGAGAAUAGAAAGCAGUAAAAGAGAAUGAUUUUGGUUUGCAGGGUCACACAUGUCCUAACCUACACUGUUGAGCAAAAUCAGAAACAAGAGAGACUGGCCAAGUUUCCCAAGGUCUCCGUUGAGAGGCAGGCAUAGGGACUGGUUAUGACCAGUCUAUUGAACAUCUUAAAGAGUAUUGCAGCUAACACACAGUAGUUUGGAGAUGAUAAGAAUUCCUAACUUUGGCCUGCUGAAGCAUUAAAAAAAAAAAAAAAGACACUGAAACUGGAUCUUAGUGGGUGUGGUGGUUUGAAUAUGCUUGGUUCAUGGGAAGUGACACUAUUAGGGUGUAUGGCCUUAUUAGAGGAGGUGAAGCCUUAUUGGAGGAAGUGUGUCACUGUGGGUGGGGUUUAGAGGCCUCCUCCUAUGUGCAAGCUCCACUAGAUGCUGAAGAGAGACCCUCCUGGAUGCCUGCAGGAGACAAUUUCUCCUAGCUGAAGUUGGAUUAAAAUGUAAAGCUCUAAGCUCAGUCUCCAGUAUGUCUGCCUUGAUGCUACCAUGCUUCCUGUCAUGAUGAUAAUGGACUAAAUGUCUAAAGCUGUAAGCCAGCCCCAAUUAAAUGUUGUCCUUUAUAAGAGUUGCCUUGGACAUGGUGUCCCUUCACAGCAAUGGAAACCUUAAAACAGUGGGUGAUUUAGAUGUCAUUUUAAAAUGCAUAUAUCCAACAUGAUGUAAUUAGGAAUGCAUGCCUCAUCUCGGUUUUCAGAGCAUCCAGGUGAGUUAGAACUUAUUUUAAACCACUCUUAAGGGAAGAAAACUUGGGUUCAGGGAUGCUAAGUCAAUGUUUUAUUCAUUCAGAAAAUAAAAAGAAAGGAAUAUAGUCUCGAGACUGUUUGGCAUAAUUGCCAGUGCUCUUAGGAGUUGGUUCAAUCAGAAGUUGGUUCACUCCUUAAUAGCGGUACAAUCAGAAUUGAAGGAAACAUCCAAUUCUUUGCACCUAAUCAGUUCAAUUAAAUUAAUAUUUAUUCAUGUGAAUAGGACAUAUAAUGUAGAUAACGCUUUUCAGGGCACGAUAAUUACAUUCCUGAUUGUGUACUCUGGAGAUAUUAGAGGGGAUCAUUUGCAAUAAGACUUUCUACAUUAGUUAUGAAAUGUUAAUAUUUGUUUCCUCCAUUUAUUUACGUGUUGUGAAUGUCAAGUACAAGGAAGAUAAUUUGAAUAUAUUAUGUAGCCAUAUAAUUUUUGAUAUCAUAGCAGAUUCUUAAUUUUGUGUCUCAUAACCUCUUAUUAAGAAAGCUGAACAACGAAGACUUGAUUGCUGUCUUUCAGUUGCCUAUAUUUACAGGCAGAGGUUACGAUCUGAUACAUUUUUAAAUAAUUUUGCAUUAGCAGGUACAUUGAAGAUGUGCUAGAGGUUAUUCCUUCCUAAGCCGCACUUCACGUAUUUCUCCUUUAGUUACUGGCAUAGAAUAUACUUAUCAAGUUUCAUUAACGACAUGAAAAUGAUAACAUGACCGGAACAAUAGUGAUGAUCAGACUAAGAGACAAAAUUUGACUGGGAAAAAAUAAAUAUAGAUCUUUAUAAAGCAAAUAACAAGGUUUCCAGAUAAGUAUACCAGGUCCAUGCUUCUCAGUGUUCCUAUUAUUACAAAGACAAUAAUACUUUUUUUAUAAUACAGUGAUAUGGACCUAAAAUAAUGCUGAAGCCUGUUUCUGAGUAUUUUAAGUUCUGAGAAAGAAAAAAACGUUUUCUCUCAGUCUUAUAUAGCUGAUAUCCUUGCUUCCAAGUUCCUGAGAAUGUAUACAAACUUCUACCACCACAACUGCUAAUGGUGGCUGUUGAGCUCCAAGCCCAUCUUUAUCAUCUAUUUCCCAAGGGAGUCUUAGCUCCUCCCGAAAGCUAGUCUCUUGUGUCGCAGAUUCCCCCCUCCUCUGCUCAGUGAUCAUACUCUACACCUUCGGUUCUUUGCAUGCUCUAGCAUCAUUUUCCCCCUUAGAGGUUUCCCCUUCCAUGUGAAUGUGUUGUUCCUUCCUCUCUUUUCAUUGUUAGCAAAUCCUUCACUUACCGGUUUCUUUUUGAGAACUCGUGCUGCAGAGUGAUUUUAUGUGCCCAGGAAAAUAGUGCAGGAAAUAAAGCCCUUGUUCUGGAAAUGUGCAGAACUGUGUUUGGAUCCCUAGAACCCACGUUUAUUCUGAGCAGGCAAAGUAGCGUCCUGCAUCCCAGUGCUCGAGGAGCGUACAGGGAUCCCCCAGAGCAAGCUGAAUUGCUAAUGGAGCCAAACUGACAAGUUCUGUGCUUAGUGCUUUACGCUGCCUCACUACAUACUGCGUAGUGAUUGAAACGGACGUGUGCUACCAAACCUUUCUUCUCAGCACGCACACACAUGGUCACAUGCAACUGCACACAAACACAUGUGCUCACAUUAUUCAGGCCCAUCACGUGCUCAUAAUUACCAAAAUUAGUGGCUUAUAAAUACUGCUUCUAGUUCUCCCAAUUCACAUUUAUAUUUGAACCAAUAAGGUUCAGCUUUUCUGUGUUGUUCCACCAAAAUAACUUCUGUAUUUUAAUAGCCUAUUGCUAAUUUUCAGUCCUCCUCAUAUUUGUUCUCACAGGACUCUUUGAAAUUCAUUUGACUGCCACCGUCUACUUGAUUGACAGGACUUUAAGUACACAUCCAUCUUAUUCUUCUUUUUGUUUUGUUUUUGUUUGUUUGUUUGUUUGUUGAGCCAGGGUUAAUCUGUGUAGCCCUGGCUGUCCUGGAACUCACUCUGUAGACCAGGCUGGCCUCGAACUUAGAAAUCUGCCUGCCUCUGCCACCCAAGUGCUGGGAUUAAAGGCGUGCGUCACUUUCUUGUGCUCCCUGUGUCAUCAAUUGCUUCUUUACUUUUCAUUGCUCAAUGUUCAGAGUGUCUUUUCUAUGAACACUCAUGUCUUUACUGACCUCAUCCAGUCUUUUGUUUUCAAUUUAUAUUCAGUUGUGGCUCCAGAUUUGUAUAUUCAUCCUCCACUGUGACAUUUUUAUUUACUGAGUAAUAGUACUCUCAAAUACAGCCUGCAGAAAUCAAAACACUUGGAUUUUACCCAAUCUCUAAAGCAAUCUUUGUCUCAUAUGAUGGCUGUUUUAUCCUUCCACAGAUUAGCCUGAAAUUGUGAAUCUCUAUUAAGGACAGAAGUCUCUGAUUCCUUUCCCCUUUCCAUACAAUCCACAUCUAGUGAGCUAGGAAAUUUUGCUUAAUUUCAUAAAAUAAAAAUGCAUAGUAAAUCAGAUACAAUGACAUUUAAUAAUUAUUUUAUAUGAAGUAUGCAUUAAUUAAUAAAUUUAGAAACCUAUUUUUGUUUCUUAUACAUCAAGUAAAAAUCUUGUCAGAUAAAUUACUGCCAAAUCUUACUUUAAUAAGGUACUUGAUAAUCAAAUAGAGUGGAUUUUAAAUGAAGACUUUACACCAUUUUGGCUAUGUGAUUUUAAAUAUAUUUGAUGAUUAUAAUAAAAUAACUUUUUAUAUACACUAGAAAGGAAGAGAUGCUUCUUCAUGAGGAUUUUUUGAGGUCCACACAAUGGCAUACAAAGUCCUUUGAUGAAUGUAGGUGUUGACCUAUUGCCAUUAUUCUUAGCUGAGUUAAAAACAUGACAGUGAUUGGCUUUAUCUUCUAAACAAAAUUCUUGGGGAAAGUAAAAUUAAACAGGAAAUGAUGUUCUUUCUACCAUGGCAACGGUGGCUGUAGAUAUCAUGAAGAAUAAGAAAGAAAAUGCAUGAAUAGGGAAUUAGUGUAGUCUACAGUUGUUCCAACAUUAUCCUUGCUUCUAUAAUAUUCUGAUCUUUAUUCAGCAUGAGAUGCAGAAUAGAAUGUUAAUUCACUGUGACUGUUGUCUUUAUGAACAAAGCUUUAUUAUUUCAUGCUAACACAAAAUGACCCAAGUCCUUUCCGCAGGACUGGUAACUAUUUUGGCUCUUUCCUUCCUUCCAUCGUUUGCAUCAUUUUCUUAUGAAAUGGCUUAAAGGAAGUGUUUUUGCAUAAAGAAGACAAGAAACUACUUCUUUAUUGGAUAUUUUCUUUAUUUGCAUUUCAAAUGUUAUCCCCUUUCCCAGUCCUCCCUGGAAACUCCCUCUCCCACCCCUUCCCUCUGCUUCAAUGAGAGUGUUUUCCCACCCACCCACUCAUUCUUGCCUCCCCACCCUGGCAUUCCCCUACACUGAGGCAUCUAUUGAGCCUUCAUAGGACCAAGGGCCUCUCCUCCCAUCACACUUCUCUUAUUCAGUGACACUUUCCCCCAAUGCUUUGUGGUUGCAGAGAAAUGAACUAAUCUGUAUAUAUAGGUAAGGAAGUUGAUACAUAUAGAUUAGCAAAUGCUUGCCUUCCUGUAUAUAUAACACAGCCUAUUAAAUAUCUUAAAGACACUUAGAACUACUACAUUUUUAAAUUAAAAUACAGACUGAUAUUCAGACUAUAGCUAAUCUUUUCUUCAUUAAUUCACCAAAAGCUUGCCUAUUCUGUGUGAAGUUGUAUCCAUACCAUAUGUGAUAUGAACAUAAAGAUACAUACUGCUGGAUCUGGAAAUGGAUAAAUACCCCAGAGAAAGUGUGAGAAAGGAGAAUGAAUAGCUAGCUAGCAAUAACUUAGGGAGCUAUCAUAGUCCACAUGUACUCAAUCAAAAUCAGUGUCCAUCUGGGCUCCACCACGCACUCCAUCUGGCAUGAUGUACAAUAGAGAAUAAAUACUGGCAAAAUUAUUUGUUAUCAUAUAGUGCUAUGGUGCAUAUUGUAGCGAUAUGACAUUUUUUUCCUUCCCUUUCCUUCCUCCCCUCCCUCUAGUUCUCUGGUUUUCAUCCUUCAUUCUUCUCUCAUCAUGUCCUCUUUUCACCUCUGAGUUUACCACAAACUAACAGAAAAUGAGCAGCCAGUUUAAUAUGUUGUUUAAGUUUCAAAAAUUCUCAUCACCAUAGCAAACUUCUGAGCUUCUUAUCCAUGUGCAUAAAUGAAUGCGUUAAAGGCAAAUGACUACAUGAAAUGGAAUAUGUCUUACAACUACUUUUAAAAAUGUUUAUUUAAUUUAAUUUAUGUACAUUUUUAUAUAUGCCCACAUGUGGUAGCCCAUCCAGAGGCAGAAGAGGGUGUUGGGUUUCUUAGGACGAGAGCUGUGGGCAUUAGUAAGCCUACCAGUGUUGGUUCUUGGAUCUGAACUCUGAGUCCUCACUGAGCAGCACACACUUUGAUUGCUGAUCCAUCUCUUCACAACUGCUUACAAUAGUGGUUCUUAACCUUCCUAAUACUACAACCCUUUAAUAUCUGCCUUAUGUUGGUGUGACACCCAACUAUAAAAUUACUUUUACUGCUACAACAUAACUAUAUUUUUCUACUGUUAUGAAUUGUAUUGUAAAUAUCUGGUGUUUUCCAAUGUUCUUAACAAACCCCUGUGAAAGGGUCUCUCAGCCCUCAGAGGAGUUGCAACAUACAGAUUGAAAACCACCAAUUGAGAAGAAAAUUAUUUUGAAGUACUGUACAACAUCUUUGAGCCGAAUCUUCAUAUUGACAGACUACAUAAUGACAAGUUCUAAAGUGUUUUAGGACUCUCCUAAGUGCGAGUCUAUAAUAAGCAUGUUAGAAUGCCGUGGGAUAUCCUCCAAGGCAGAAUGACAUGGGAGAUGAUUGGGGGAGUCAAUUAAAAGCAGUGUUGGAAUUCAAAGCUCAGCUUAUCAAGUUUUAAGAAACUAUUAUUUAGAUGUAUUUCAAAUAUUUCUUUUACCCUCGACUUCCAUGAAACUUCAAGUGUCUGGGACAACUAUAUUUAAACUUUAUAAAGUUCAUAUUCUUCAUUUACUUCUCUCUGUAUAUAUUCAGAAUAUGUUUUGCAAUUGUCUGUGUAUUGCAGUUGUAGUGGAUUCUUUCAUGCUGCUUGGAAAACAAUGCUAUAUAUUUUCUACACAUAACGUUGUGCUGUGAUAUAGAUUAUUUUGCGUAUCAGUGUUAUACAUUUAUUUUAUGUAUGCAUGGUACAUACACAUGGGUGUGCAGGUAAAUUCACCUGCAAAAUGUCAGGUGUCUUCCUCUGUCGUGCUCUACCUGUUGCUUUGAGACAAAAAUCUCUUGCUAAACCAUUGGCUCAGUUUUUCUAUGAGGCCGACUCGCCCGUGAGCUCUUGCAACUCUCCCACUUCUUCCCCACAAUGCAUGUGAUCCAGGCAUAUGAAGAAAUAUCUGGCUUUUUAAAAAAAUCUUGGUGUGCUUGUGUUUUAAAUUCAGUUCUCUAAUGUUUGCAGAACAAGGGUGCUUCCUCAUUGUAAUAACUCCACAGGCUUUGUUAUAUAUGUUCUUUUAUUUACAAGUAAAUGUCUUAAUGAUCUUACGAUAGAUUGAAAAUAAUCAAAGAAUUAAGUUUUUUAGUAUUCUAAAAUAACCUUGAAAAGGUGUUUCUCAAGCUAAGGAAUGAUGUCAAAACAUAUUCACCACAACUGUGAAAAUAUAACUCUAAAAUUCAAAUCUUUUUACCAGACAAGAAUGGUUUGAUUAUUCUUGAUUGUGGAGAAAUAUAAUACUGGCAAGAUAAAAGUUUUUUCCUAAUUUCACUUGGGAAUUUAUGCACAAGCCUACAUCCAAUGCCUUGAAAUUCUAUCAGCUGUAUUUCUUGGUUCAAUGCCUUUUGAAGGUUAAUCUUGCCCUUUGGGGAGCUGACAUCCACCUGCAUUUUCUGGGACCACUCUGAUGCAGACUUCUUUUGAGAUACUUUUUGAACCAAAUCACUUAGAAUCCUGCAGGUUGCAACAUUGAUCAGUACUUGAAACAGUGCACUGCAAUUCUUUUCUUAGUUAUUGUCUAUUGUCAUUUACUAUUGGCCCAACCAAAUAUAAAAUAGGAUCAUACUGCAUAUAUUACAAUCAUUCUUCAGAGCUUGGGGACAAGAUCAGUCAAUGAAUAAAUACCCUUGCUUAUUAGCCAUUGAUAUAUGCAGAAGCAAAUCUAUGAUGUUGAGGGAAAGUGAAUAGAGAGCAAGGACUAUAGUCUUCUAAUUAGGUUAGUCAAAAAUUCAUAUAUGUUAUUAAUAUACUACAGAGAUCAUAUUGGCAUGUACACAUGAUUGAAGCAUAAACAGCUUAAUGAAAGUACUCUCAUGUCCUCACAUGAUUUACCUCCACAAAUUCAGUUCUAACCAUUCAUGUUAUAUGGAUUUCCUCAUGGGCAGAAUUUCGUUAGACUUAAUGCAAUUUUCAUAAAGAAUUUACAAAUAUCUUCUCUUUCUAAAUGUUUCAAAAGUUCUCUAAACAGUGGCAUAAUUUUGUUUUUGAUGUGAGUAGGAAAGACACAACUCAAGCCUGCUAAUGUUAUCUUUUGUUAAUAUCUGUUCUAUUCAUUUUUUGUCAUAUAUAUAUAUAUAUAUAUAUAUAUAUAUAUAUAUAUAUAUUCCAUAUUUAAUCCCCCCUACCAUUCUGACUGUUCCACAUCACAUACCUCUUCCCCAACCCAUGUCUCCACAUGGAUGCCCCCACCCUCCACCUCACCUGACCUCUAAACUCCCUGGGGCCUCUAGUUUCUUGAGGGUUAGGUGCAUCAUCUCUGAUGUGAAUACAGACCUGGCAGUCCUCUACUGUAUGUGUAUUGGAGGCCUCAUAUCAGCUGGUGUAUGCUUUCUAUUUGGUGGGCCAGUGUUUGAGAGAUCUCGGGGGUCCAGAUUAAUUGGGACUGCUGGUCCUCCUAUAGGAUCAGCCUUCUCAGCUUCUUUCAGCCUUCCCUAAUUCAACAACAGGGGUCAGCUGCUUCUGACCAUUGGUCAGAGGCAAAUAUCUGCAUCUGACUCUUUCAGCUGCAUGUUGGGUAUUUCAGAGGGCAGUCAUGAUAGGUCCCUUUUUGUGAGCGCUCCAUAGCCUCAGAAAUAGUGUCAGGCCUUGGGACUUCCCCUUGAGCUAGACCCUAACUUGGGCCUCUCCCUGGACCUUCUUUUCCUUAGGCUUCUCUCCAUUUCCAUCCCUGCAGUUCUUUCAGACAGGAACAACUUUGGGUCUGAGCUGUGACUGUAGGAUGGCAACCCCAUCUCUCACUUGAUGUCCUGUCUUCCUGCUGGAGGUGGGCUCUGUAAGUUCCCUCUCCCUACUGUCUGGAAUUCCAUCUAAGUUCCCUUCUUUGAGAGACUCUCUCACUUCCCAGGUCUCUGGUGCAUUCUGGAGGGUCCCAUGAGCUUCCUAUCUCCCUAGGUCGCCUUUUUCCCUCCUUUAUGCUGGCACUCAGUGCUUCAGUCCUCUAUUCUUAUAAUUCAUAGUUCCUUUCCUUUCAAGUAUGGAUUACCGAUAUGAUGGCUAACAAAAGACACUAUACAACUAAUUAUACUCUAUCAUUAACGAUUUUGCAAAAAAAAAAAAUCAAAAUUAUUGUUUAUGAAUGUAUGAAUGAAAAAUCAACUAUGAUGUUUAGAUUUUUUGAAUAGUACUAGAGAAUAAUUCUAGAACUUCAAUUAGCCAUGAAGCUGCAGGCUUGAGCUUUAGAAGUGAAUUCUUCUCAUGGAUUUAUGCUAAACACAAAGUGAUUGAUUAGGGAAUUGAAGGGAAUUAAAGAGUUAAAAAAGGGUAUGAAAAUAUUAACUUUUAACGGUUUUAACUUUCUUUCAUUUGCUCUUGUAAAAAUAGAUCAUGCCUACUAAAUUGCAGUGAUGUUUCUACUUCAUAUGCUCAAUUUAUUUUUAGAAUAUCAUAACAGAUUAAUUUGUAAAAAUGAAUACAUCCAUUGUUAAGUUAAAUGUCAGCUGACUAUUGUUUAUGAUGGACAAGUCCUACUUAGCUUUUAAAACUAGGAUAAAUUUAAGAGAAUAAAGUGGCUGAAAACCAUAUCUUCGGACAUAGUGUUUGACCUAAAUCUCAGAGCAGUAUUGAAACUCCUCAGGGAUUCUAGGUCCAGAACUAUCAUGGCUCUUUAGGCCUGACUGAAGGAUGAGCAGUGUGGGGAAAUUGUAUGUAUGUGGUGGGCUAACUUUAAUUCUCAAUGCUUGCUUUAAGGAGCACACAGGCUAAGUAGAUGUAUUUUUCAUUUUUUAACGAGUCAACCUCUCCCUGUUCAGUGAUCUAAUUCGUACAAUGCUAUGAUUUUCACAGUGAUGGUGGGCCAAAUCUUGGCCAUGGCCUCAGCAACUUCUGUGAAUGUAGCUCGUUACAUCAGCUUGACCACAUCCAGAGUAGAAGACCACUUUCCCUACCGCUAUCAGGCAGAGAACACAACUGUCUUGUUUCCAAAUAUGUUUUCAGAAUAAUGAGAUAAUACGAUUAACAUUAUGUAGAAAGAGCAACUCUAAAUGUGAGCUCUCUGUUGGGUCUGUUCAUCACAGACAGUAAGACUAUAAAAUCAAUUUAUAAUUUAAACCCAUUUAAGAGAAUCCCGUGAGGUAAGAAAUAAGAGGGGGGUAUAUUAACUGAAAAAAAGGGAUAUUAUGAGUACUUCAAUAAUUAUUGAAAUUAUGCUCUUAAAAAUUACUUGUAAUAAUGCAAGAAUACUUAGCAAGUUACUGGUAGUAGAGAAAAAUAUUUAGAAUUUCAUUUAAGUUAAAAAAAAAAUCUAAACCAAGCCAAAACUGAAAUAUCAGGGGCAAGCGUGUUAAAAGGAAACAAAAUCCAAACUGGUGAGGAGAUAAUGUAAGCAGAAGAGGGGGUAGGGGUGAUAUUAAAUACCAAGUAACAUUGCAAAGGAGCAGAUACACAGAACAGUUAAUACAAAUACAAAUAGAUGAUUAAAAUCAAUGAAGGAUAGGUAAACCUUUUCUGACAUUUCUACAUGUGUAUGUGUAAACAUUUGUAUGUUUACAGUGUGUGUGUGUGUGUGUGUGUGUGUGUGUGUGUGUGUGUGUGUCUGUCUGUCUGUCUGUCUGUCUGUCUGUCUCUGCAUGGGGAGGCCUGAGAUUGAUAUUGAGAAUCAUUGUGUUGAGGUAGAGAUCACCAAUACAACCUAGAGCUCCCCAGUAUGCAUUCUCUGGUCAGCUAGCUUGCUCUGGAGAUCCUGUCUCUGGGAUUAGCAGCUUGCUGCUAUGCCACCUCACAUUUGCCUUAAACAUGGAGCAGUCUACCCACUUCUGGCAAACCUCCUUCAGUGGAUUCCUUUUAACAUGGGUAGGUACCUUCCGAGACAAAACCCGAGGCCCCCAAUUUGCUUCCCAAGUGUUGUAAGUGUACGCAAAUAAUAAUUUGAAACUGCUAUAUUAGCCCAGAAUAGCCUGAACUCAUGGCAAUGUGCUUGCCUCAGCCUCCCAAUCUAGUAUUAAUAUUAUGUGUGUGCCUGGUCGUAGCAGGCUGUGAUCCUUCCCCACUUCACCUUUCAUCACCCGCCUCUUCCUAGGUGCUUCCUAGACCUUGAUGAUGUCUCACUGUUUGAACUUCGAUAUUUCUGCUAAGACAGUCUUCUGGGUCAUCCCUUUCAUUCCUGACAUCUCCACCCUUUGAACCAUGUGUAAAUGGAACAUUUAUUUUUACCUCAAGAACUUGCCAAGUCAUCCAUCUGAUCUUUUAUACAGAGUGAAUAAUUGUUUAAGGACAUAGAAAAAUAAGCACGUUUAACAAACUACUUCAAUGCUUAUAAACACUUAAUGAAUCCCCCAUUAAAGUUCCUCUGUAUAUAAAUACAUUUAUUAGUGGCUUUAUAUAAGAAAUGGGUUUUAUUAAAAAUGUGUGACAUUUUAAGUGUUUUAGUAUUAUUUUUGAGCUAAGUUAGAACUGACUGAAUAAUUAGCAUGCUGCACUUGUGAUUUUUUUUUUUAUACUCCAGAGAGGAGACAUGAUUUAAAUUUUAUUAGUAAAUAUUCCUGAUAUUACAGAGAUUUGAAGGGUUGUAGAUCUUACUUCCCAGUGUUGUAGUUAGUUAUAUUUUGAUCUAUAUGAAAGAAUUCUCACCUUAUGAAGGCUUUACAAAAAAAAAAAAAUCGACACCAUUAGAAAGACUGAAAGUAGACAGAGAGAUUGAGGAUUAAAAAAAAGAAAAAAAAAAAAAAAAAACAACAACCAAAAACUAGAGUGAUAAAACCAGGCUUUGGUUACUAAACACAGCUUUAACAGUGUGUGAAGCAAGCUCCACGUUCGUCAGAAGAGGUCCUCUGAAUAACACUGUGCAUGCAUCCCUGAAAUGAAACUGUAUGUUAUUGGUUAACCAGGAUAUUUAGCAUAAUCACUCUGCUAGACUGUGGUGGAGGGGGGUGAUUAUCACCGAGAACAGAUGGGCAGGUCCACUGCACUGCCAGAUCCUGCACGGGCUCCGUUUAUCCCUGGUUCUUGCUUCUUUCCUUCUGUGUUUUUAAUUUCUUUUUUUCUUUCCUUUUUUUUUUUUUUUUUUUUUUUUUUUUUGUUUAAAAAAAAAAAAACACUCCACGUUAUAAAGAGCUAGCUGCAUGAAAGGUCAGUAGCUGGUGCCCUUAGAGCUUAGAUUGCAAACGGAGAAGAAAGCUUCUAAAAGCUAUUCCUGUGUAUCCAGGAAGGAUGGGGCAGAUUUCGUUUUACUCUGUAGUCUCCCUCAAUGCAUGCACGGAUUUAUCUGCACGUUAAGCUCUCGGCUCGGCGUCUGUAGCUCCUGUGGAUUAUACUGUCUCUGUGAUCAGAAAUGAUUUUCUCGGAUAUGAACACCGUCUCUGGCUCCCCUAAAGUCCAUCUUCCUAAUGGGACCCGGUUUUACACUUUUCAAGAGUUUGCUGCACUGACUAAAGAGUUGAAUGCUUGCCGUGAACAACUUCUAGAAAAGGAAGAAGAAAUCUCAGAGCUGAAAGCCGAAAGAAACAACACAAGACUGUUACUGGAACACUUGGAGUGCCUUGUGUCCCGACAUGAACGGUCACUAAGAAUGACGGUGGUCAAGCGGCAAGCCCAGUCUCCCUCUGGAGUGUCCAGUGAAGUGGAGGUUCUCAAGGCACUGAAAUCUUUGUUUGAACACCACAAAGCCUUGGAUGAAAAGGUAAGGGAGCGACUGAGGGUUUCUUUAGAAAGAGUCUCUGCACUGGAAGAGGAACUAGCUGCAGCUAAUCAGGAGAUUGUUGCCUUGCGUGAGCAAAAUGUUCAUAUUCAAAGGAAAAUGGUAUCAAGUGAGGGGUCCACGGAGUCAGAGCAUCUUGAAGGAAUGGAAGCAGGCCAGAAAGUUCAUGAAAAGCGUCUAUCCAAUGGCUCCAUAGAUUCGACAGAUGACACCAGCCAAAUCGUCGAGCUGCAAGAAUUGCUUGAGAAGCAAAACUAUGAAAUGGCCCAAAUGAAAGAACGCUUAACAGCUCUCUCUUCCCGGGUGGGAGAGGUGGAACAAGAAGCAGAGACAGCAAGAAAGGACCUCAUUAAAACAGAAGAAAUGAACACAAAAUAUCAAAGGGACAUCCGAGAGUGUUAUUUACAGGCCAUGGCUCAGAAGGAAGAUAUGGAAGAAAGAAUCACAACUCUGGAGAAGCGUUACCUGAGUGCUCAGAGAGAAUCUACCUCCAUUCAUGAUAUGAAUGAUAAACUAGAAAAUGAAUUGGCGAACAAGGAAGCCAUCUUGCGGCAGAUGGAAGAAAAAAACAGGCAAUUGCAAGAGCGUCUUGAACUGGCUGAGCAAAAGUUACAGCAGACCAUGAGAAAAGCUGAAACUUUACCUGAAGUAGAGGCUGAACUUGCUCAGAGAAUUGCAGCCCUAACAAAGGCUGAAGAGAGGCAUGGAAAUAUUGAAGAACGUAUGAGACACCUCGAGGGCCAACUUGAAGAGAAGAAUCAAGAACUUCAAAGAGCUAGACAAAGGGAGAAAAUGAAUGAAGAGCAUAAUAAGAGAUUAUCGGAUACGGUGGACAGGCUUCUGACAGAAUCCAAUGAGCGCCUGCAACUACACCUGAAGGAAAGGAUGGCUGCUUUGGAAGAGAAGAAUGUUUUGAUUCAAGAAUCAGAAAACUUCAGAAAAAAUCUUGAAGAGUCCUUACAUGAUAAGGAAAGAUUAGCAGAAGAAAUCGAGAAGCUGAGGUCUGAACUUGAUCAAAUGAAAAUGAGAACAGGUUCUCUAAUUGAACCCACUAUAUCAAGAACUCAUAUAGACACCUCCACUGAGUUGCGGUAUUCAGUUGGGUCCCUUGUAGACAGCCAGUCUGAUUACAGAACCACUAAAGUAAUACGAAGACCAAGGAGAGGCCGCAUGGGUGUGCGAAGAGAUGAACCAAAGGUGAAAUCCCUUGGAGAUCAUGAGUGGAACAGAACUCAGCAAAUUGGAGUACUAGGAAGCCACCCUUUCGAAAGUGACACUGAAAUGUCUGAUAUUGAUGAUGAUGACAGAGAAACAAUUUUUAGCUCAAUGGAUCUUCUCUCUCCAAGUGGCCAUUCUGAUGCCCAGACUCUAGCUAUGAUGCUUCAAGAACAAUUGGAUGCAAUCAAUAAAGAAAUAAGACUAAUUCAAGAAGAAAAGGAAUCGACAGAAUUGCGUGCUGAAGAAAUUGAGAAUAGAGUGGCUAGUGUAAGCUUAGAAGGGCUGAAUUUGGCGAGGGUCCAUCCAGGUACCUCCAUCACUGCCUCUGUUACAGCUUCAUCACUGGCCAGUUCAUCUCCCCCAAGUGGACACUCAACGCCAAAGCUUACACCAAGAAGCCCUGCCAGGGAAAUGGACCGCAUGGGAGUGAUGACCCUGCCAAGUGAUCUAAGGAAACAUCGGAGAAAGAUUGCAGUGGUGGAAGAAGAUGGACGGGAGGAUAAAGCCACAAUUAAAUGCGAGACUUCUCCUCCCCCAACACCCAGAGCCGUCAGAAUGACUCACACCUUACCAUCUUCCUACCACAAUGAUGCCCGGAGCAGUUUAUCUGCCUCUCUUGAGCCAGACAGUCUUGGGCUUGGCAGUGCCAAUAGCAGCCAAGAUUCUCUCCACAAAGCCCCCAAGAAGAAAGGAAUCAAGUCUUCAAUUGGGCGCUUAUUUGGGAAAAAAGAGAAGGCUCGACUCGGGCAGCUUCGAGGCUUCAUGGAGACAGAAGCUGCAGCACAGGAAUCCCUGGGCUUAGGCAAACUUGGAACUCAAGCUGAAAAGGACAGAAGGCUGAAGAAAAACACAUCGGGGCAUGAACUUCUUGAAGAAGCUCGUAGAAAAGGAUUACCUUUUGCCCAGUGGGAUGGACCCACCGUGGUUGCGUGGCUGGAGCUCUGGCUGGGAAUGCCAGCUUGGUACGUGGCAGCAUGCAGAGCCAACGUGAAAAGUGGUGCCAUCAUGUCAGCGUUAUCGGACACUGAAAUCCAAAGGGAGAUUGGAAUCAGCAACCCUCUGCACCGCUUAAAGCUCAGGCUAGCUAUCCAAGAGAUGGUUUCUCUCACCAGCCCUUCAGCGCCUCCGACAUCGCGUACUCCUUCAGGCAAUGUGUGGGUGACCCAUGAAGAAAUGGAAAAUCUGACAGCUCCAGCAAAAACGAAAGAAUCUGAGGAAGGAAGCUGGGCCCAGUGUCCGGUUUUUCUACAGACCCUGGCUUAUGGAGAUAUGAACCACGAGUGGAUUGGAAAUGAAUGGCUUCCCAGCCUGGGGUUACCUCAAUACAGAAGUUACUUUAUGGAAUGCUUGGUUGAUGCAAGAAUGUUAGACCACCUCACAAAAAAGGAUCUUCGUGUCCAUUUAAAAAUGGUGGAUAGUUUCCAUCGAACAAGUUUACAGUAUGGAAUUAUGUGCUUGAAAAGAUUGAAUUAUGACAGAAAAGAACUAGAGAGAAGACGAGAAGCAAGUCAACAUGAAAUAAAAGAUGUUUUAGUGUGGAGCAAUGAUCGAGUUAUUCGCUGGAUACAAGCAAUUGGACUUCGGGAAUAUGCAAACAACAUUCUUGAGAGUGGCGUGCAUGGCUCACUUAUAGCCCUGGAUGAGAACUUUGACUACAGCAGCUUGGCUCUAUUGUUGCAGAUUCCAACACAGAACACCCAGGCAAGGCAGAUUCUUGAACGUGAGUACAACAACCUCUUGGCCCUGGGAACUGAGCGGAGACUGGAUGAAAGUGACGACAAGAAUUUCAGACGGGGAUCAACCUGGCGAAGGCAGUUCCCUCCUCGUGAAGUUCAUGGAAUCAGCAUGAUGCCUGGGUCCUCAGAAACAUUACCAGCUGGAUUCAGGUUGACCACAACGUCUGGGCAGUCCAGGAAAAUGACGACAGACGUUGCUUCAUCAAGACUGCAGAGGUUAGACAACUCCACUGUUCGCACAUACUCAUGUUGACAAGUCACUCAAAGGAGGCAGCACUGACCUGCUAUGUCAUCUUUUCAGUCUACACGACCUAAAGUGCACUACCACCUAGGAAGACAAAUGGAGAAGCCUUUGUGAAGACUGAAUCCUAAGGGAAUAAUAUAAGUAACGGUUUACCAAACAUUAAAUAUGUGACUCUGGGGGGAGUUGGGUAUUGAGUCUGAUUAGUUUACUAUGAUUGUAAUAAAAAUGCUUAAGUUAUCUGAUAUAAGAGCAUCAUCUACGUCAUAACUUCCGUACGUCUGAUGCCUUUAUGAGAUGGAACCACUUGUUUUUCUUCAUGUUGUAAUAUAAUAGGCAUUUAUGUAUUGCUGUGUACCAUUUCUUUUUAAAUGUGUAAGUCUUCUGUAAAUGGAUAUAAAUAUGAUUUUUUAAAAAAAUAAAAUAUAUGGUUCAUGGAGUCUCGAGUGCAAACUGAACAAUUCCAAGUACUGUUUGUAUUUUACCAUUUCACCAUUUAUACGGUUUUUUGAAUUGUAAUGGUCAAUCAAUAUGUUCCUUAGAAGUGUGUUUCAUGCUUCGACAUGCUUCUCCUUCAAGUCUGUCAAACCUUAAAGCUGAACACCUGCCUCUGAUCAUGUGAUUAAACCUGGAGCCCAAAAUGACCUUUAAAGGCCAUCAGGGAUGUGACACCCUCUCUCUCUCCUUACAGAAGCACUGUGAUGGCUCAACCUGUUUCAAAAGAAAACAAAGCCAAACUGUUUACAAGAGUCAAAUGCAAUGAUUUUAACAAUUUAUAUUAUGAAAACCAUUACCUAAUUUUGUUGCCUGUGGACCAAGAAACACACACACACACAAACACACAUGCAUAUACACACACUUUACUAAAAACUACAUGUUCAUUCAAAUAGCCAACACUGGACAGUGAAUGUCAACCAUUGUAGAGUCUGAGUUCCAUUUCCACUGGGGUGUGGGGUGGAGGGGCAGAACCCCAUAACCUACCCCCAUUUUAAAAAUCACUGUUAACAGGGCAUUAGCCAGACUCAAGUCUGUUAUUACGAGCCUUUAGCUGAAAUAACCAUUUUUUUGUGACUUCCCUGAAUUCACUUUCAUCAGAGGAAAUAAAGACAGAAUGAUUAACAUAUAUAGUGUAUAAAAAGUAAAGAUGAGUAAUCUCUUCCUUGUGGCUUUAUUCGGUGGUGUCACUGCUGUUUAUUCUUUAUUGAUAUGGGAGAUUUCAAAGUGGAACCUAUUUAAUAAUACCAUUGAUCUGUUUCCCUGCUGCUUGGUCUUAAUGCAAGACCCGUCAUUAGUAAAUUAUUAUUAAUUUUUUGUAUUUCAAUUCGUUGUAUUUGCACGUACAUUUGUUUCGAUGUCUAUUUUUGUUGAACAGAUUCAAUCAAACGGUAAUGGUAACAGAAAACCUCUCCAUUAUCAAUAAAACAACAACAACAACAACAAAUGCCUCCAGUUUCCUGCUUAAGCUUUGUUUUCUAGUAGCCUGACAUUUAACGAUUUAUUUCGAUUACCAAGAAAAUCAUUCAACGAUUUCAAAUGCGAUUCUAUUCAAAAUUGAGUCUGCCACUAGAGGGAGGUCUAAACCAGCUGAUAGAGGUGGCUUGGCUUUUUUUUUUUUUUUUUUUUUAAUGUUGCUUGAGUAAAGACAAUGUGAAAGAACAUUGAAACUCUCGAUUCAUCAAAAUGAAAUAGAUAAGAGAAACUCUGAUACCUGCAUGGCAGAAAGAUUUAUACUCGUAUUUAGAUACCUGUGUGACAAACAGUUGUGCAUAGCUGUAGUGCAACCCUUGUGAUAAUUAACUUACAAGGAAGAACAUUUUAUUUUGUCCCAGCGCAUUUGAUGUUCCGUCUCAAGAACCGGCAGUCUGCAGGCUUUGGGGUCGAGUGGCGUGGUCGGAAGCCUGUACCAGAGGAAACUGUUCACUUCCUUGACAGGAGACAUGGAGCCCGGUGCUGCUGCUGCUCAGCUCGGGACACAUAAGAGGGCACAUUUCUGUGACCUGAACACUUAGCAUCAGCAUUAUCCUGGCCACGCAUUCAGCACAGAAGCUUUUGGGGGAAUAAUCAAUAUCCAAUUAGGUAAACCACUCACACUGUCACCUAAAGCAGUCUCGUCUUUUUAGAAAUCACCUACAAAAUACUGAUCAUCUGUCAUAGACCCCGAUAGUGUGAUACAAAGUAUCAAAUUACUUUCCUUGAGAAUUAUGUAAAAUAUUGCUUAAUGUAUAAGAAAAUUGUAGUCAGCUAUAUUUCUGGGUGUUUUGGUUUUGGUUUUCCCCUUUAGCCAUCAAUGUUAGGAAUUCAAACAUGUUAGAAUAUCAGAUCGGACCCUUUCAAACACAACUUUAUAUAAGUAAAACAACCUUUUGGCGAAUAAAACAAGUUUCACUUUUA